CUAGUAUUAUCGAACAAUCAAGCAGUGUGCAUCGAACAGUUGCAGGGAAAAGAUCAUUUUUAUAUACGUUAUAUUAUUUAUUCAUUUUCGUUAUUAAAGUGAAACGUAUUAGUAAAAACGAAAAAAACAUUGGCAAAUACGCGUUGACCAUUUAUUUUUAUUGUUACAUUUAUAAUAUAUUUCAAAUCGUAUCGUAUUUAAACGAAUAAUUGAUUUAAUUUCGUUAAAAACAAAAAAAAAACAAAAAGACAAAGAAAUAUAUUCAAGCUGAUAACACAAAUCAAACGAAUAUUUCCAUAAAAAAAAAAAGAAAAAUAAGAAAUAAUGAUGAAAUUAAAAAGAAACGAUAUAAUAUAUUUAUUUAAAUAGAUAUAACACUCAUACACACACUUAAUCAACGAAGUUUUAAUUUGAAUCACCUUCAAGGUGAAAUAAAAAAAAAAAAAAAAAAAAAGAGCAAAAACCAUCAUAAGAACGUUUAAGUUGUGCAGAAAGGAGAAGAGAAGGGGGAGAAGAAAAAAAAAGAAGGAAAAAUUAAGAAGAGAAUAAAAUUCAAUAACAAAAUGAACGUGUUAACGUGUUUAAUCAUUUAUCUGACCAUGUGUCUAACAUUUUCUCAAGGAUAUCGAAUGUUAGGAAUUUUUGCGUUCCAUGGUAAAAGUCAUUUCAUCAUGUUCGAAGCAUUGAUGAAGGGCCUAGCUAAAAAGGGCCACCAGGUUGACGUAAUAAGUGCAUUCCCAUUGAAGAAACCUGUAGAAAAUUACACCGAUUUGGUUUCCAUGCCGAUCAAAUUGAAAUUGGUCAAUAAUGUUUCCUACGAUUUCAUGAAAACGAACCUAAGAGGAUUGCCAGUACACGUGGUGUCAACCAUUGGUGGUAACGAAUUAUGCGAAUAUUUAGAAUUACCAGAAAUUCAAAAAAUCAUCAAGGAUCCACCGACAAAUCCGCCAUACGAUGUCGUUUUAAUCGAAAUCUUCGGUGCAUCGUGUUUUGCCGUAUUCGGUAAUAUUUUGAACGUACCAGUGAUCGGUGUUAGUUCAUCGGCACUUUAUCCAUGGGCCCAUCAGCUUAUAGCAAAUCCAGAAAAUUUGGCAUUCGUACGAAACAAUUUGUUGAAUUACGUCAAAGAAAUGAAUUUCUGGCAACGCGUUUCAAAUACUUUGCAUACGAUUUUCAACAAAAUGUAUUUCAAUUAUAUGACACGGUAUCAAGACAAAUUGAUUAAAAAAUACGUAGGUCCUAAUAUGCCAAGCGUACGGGAAUUGGAAACAAAUAUUUCAAUAAUUUUGGUUAACAGUUAUUUCUCAUUGAACGGUGUCAAACCCAUGACAACUGCACUUAUCGAAGUUGGUGGUUUGCAUGUACAAGACGACGAUAAGAAAUUAUCUCCCGAAUUACAGAAAUGGGCCGACGAGUGCGACAAAGACGGUUUCGUAUACUUCUCUUUCGGUUCUAUGGUUAAUAUAGAAACAUUUCCAAAACACAUACUCGAUAUAUUUUACAAAUCUUUCGAGAAAAUAUCACCCGUUAAAAUACUUAUGAAAAUACCAAAUCCUAAAGAUUUGCCAGACGGUUUGCCGAAUAACGUUCAUAUAUCACCAUGGUUGCCGCAAUUAAAAAUAUUAAAACAUCCCAACAUAAGAGCAUUUAUCACUCAUGGCGGUCUUAUGGGGACACAGGAAGCCAUAGCUUGCAGCGUUCCUAUGAUCGGAAUCCCGUUAUUCGCUGAUCAAUUUACCAAUAUCGAUAGCUACGUAGAGAAAAAUAUUGCCAUCAAAUUGGAUUACGAAACCAUGACGCAAAGAGAUAUGGACGAUGCAUUGCACGAAAUCUUAUAUAAUUCAACAUACAGAAAAACGGCACGUAAGAUAGGAGAAAAAUUUAAAGACAGACCAUUGAAGCCAAUUGACACUGCUAAUUAUUGGAUCGAGUAUGUUAUAAAGUAUGGUUUUAAUUCGUUACAUUCGCCGGCCUUGAAUUUAUAUUGGUGGGAAGUAGCAUUAUUGGAUGUUUACGUGUUCCUAUUUGUCGUUUCAUUUGUCAUUAUUUAUAUAUUAUAUCAUUUAACAUUAUUAAUAUUAAAUAUGUUAUCAUUUAAGGGAGGAAACAUCAAAGUUUCUCAUAAGAAAAAAAUCACGUAACGAUUAUGUUCUUUAGAUAUAAUUAACAACAAUAUAUUUAUACAUGUUG